AUGUAUGGGAGGGAAACCGAGGACUUCUGGCUUGUGAAUCCUAUCACCAGGCAUGAAUUUCAUUUCCCUCAUGCCCCCUUCUAUUUCUAUAGUGUUGAAUUAGGAUUCUGUGGUAUCCUUGUCUUUUCAUCUUCAAUAUCAAGAUGGGUGUUUGUUAUCUCAAGGAGAUGCACCUGUCGAAUAUGGUUUCCUAUAGCGGGUGAAGGAGCAUGGAAUCAUGUGUCUUCCACUUCCGACAUCCUUGAUAUACAUGCUCUCAAGGGGAAGAUAUAUACCUUACACACUGUUGAUCAUUAUUCAUGGAAAGAAAACCUUUAUGUGAUGAUGGAAACUUAUUCCAAACAUUCUUCGUAUAAGGUUCAUGAACUGGAUUUUGGUGAAAUGAAAUGGGUGCCAUUUGAAGAGACAAGUGAUGAAUAUGAUUUUUUUUAUAACCACUCGGAGCCUAGUGCUGCUGUUAAACAAGAGUCGUGGGUUGACCCUCCGUCACCAAACAUGAAAUAUUAUGUUACCAAUAAAAGCGAAAAAGGCAAGUUCUUUUAUGCGAAUAUGUGGUACUUCCCUCAUGAAUGUAUGAAUGUUGAUCUCUUACAUGAGUGA